GGGCAGUACUUCCGUUCUCCAUUCCGGAACACUCCCCGUAAGAAGCUACACCAUAGAGACGUUGACGAGUAGACCGUCCAUACACCGUCAGUAAGGCGGUGUUUGAGGAAUGUGAUAAUAAGCACAGGACGUGGGGGAGAGAAACCGGUGGUGCCCUGUCUUUUUUUUUUAAAGUCUCUUAACCCCACUUGCGAUUUUUUUUUAAAAAAAUACGGUCUUAAAAUAUGCCUUGUAUUAAUAAUAAUAUUUGAAGUGGACGAGAGAAACGAAUUAAAAAAGAGAAGGGAAAAAAUCAUCCAGCCAAUCAGGGGCGCGGUGCGGUGUCACGUGCAUGGCAGGGGCGGGGCUCCCGCUCAAUUUGAAGGGCUCUCGAGCGAGGUUCCUUGUAGGAGGUUGGCUGUGAGCAGAGGCGGCGUUGGCGUUGUGUGACUGGCGUCUCUCCCGCUCCAGAGGCAAGAGAAUGGAGAGUUGUACCUUUCCAAAAUAUAGUAACAAUGACAUUGUUCUGCACAUCCGCAACUCCUUGCUGACGGGAGGCGAGGCCAAAAGCUUUUCCAAAAAUGACUUAUUUCCGAACGUUAAGCCUGAAGUGUUACAAGUGAUCUUCAUGAGAGCCUUGCAGAUUGUCUAUAGAUUACGCCUGGAAGACUUUUACGUGAUGCCUGUUGCCUUUGAAACGGCAUAUCCCCAGAUUUUUGAAGGCUACCUCCGCUUUGGCAAUCUAUAUAUUCACAUGGAGAAGUUUUUCCCAGUCUGCCGAGUCAACGACUUCCAGAUGGCUGAUCUCAUAAGUCCAAAACCCAAGAGGACGGCACAUUUCUUGAGUGGCAUUAUUAACUUCCUUUUUUUCCGUGAUUCCCGCCGUGAGGUUUACCUGGAAAUCCAGAGCACACACAAACUGGCUGUGGAAAAAGUGCAGCAGCUUCAGAUGUCGAUCCAGAAGGCAACGUUGAAGCUGGAAAAACUUGAUACUAUCCCUGCCGAUCAACAGGAGGAGUUCAAGGAGCUGUCUCAAGAUAUUCAACAGCUGGAGCACAAGCUCAACCAGGAGUAUCGGCAGAAAGCGAGCACUUUGCAAGAAGUGAUCGGCCAAAGGAGAAUGAAAAUUACAGAAAAAACCCAAAAUCUGAACGAGCUCAAACGCAUCAUAUGUGAGCUGAAAGAGGAAAAAGAGCAACUGAAGUCCAAGAUCACGGAGUCUCCAGAGGAGCUGACCAGUUGCAAAGAACGCUUGAAGGAGACGCUCUUGAAGAUCAAGAAGGACAAGGGAGAAGUUAUUCAGAAGUACGAGGUCUACAGAGACCUGGUAGAGAUGCUGCCAGCCUGUCAGGCGGAGAUCCGGAUGUAUCAGGAGAAAAUGCGGACCCAGGCAGCAAAUACUGAUCGGCAGUUGGCUGUCCUGGCAGAGAUCCGAGCCCUGGAGCACCAGAUUGAGAGCAGCAAAAGUGGACUCAGGAAUUCCAAGAUGGAAGAGAUGUCCUUGAAGAGGCUGGUUACUACAAAACGGGAAAAGCUCACCGUUACCGAUAUCAAAAUAAAGAAGAUACGUGAGGAUAUGGAGCAGCGCAAGCAGGCAAUAACAGAGUAUUGCAACCAGUUUCAGGAGAAAAGAGGGGCUGUUUGUGAAAAGCUGACCUCCAUUCACACAGAAAUCAAGCAACACAAGGCAGCAAUUCAGCAGCUGAACGACAGUCUUGAAAAGGAGAAAUCAAAAGCACAGGAGAUCUAUCUUAAUGUGAGGGUUGGCUUGGAGAAGUAUCAUGAAAACCUUGCAAAAAUAGUGGACAGCUGCACAUCUGCAAGAGAAGGCAAAAUUCUGGAACUGGAGGCCUUGACUACAUCAUUCCGCCCUUGAUUUCAUGCUGUUGUUAUCACACUUAUUUUCCCAUUGCAGAAAACAAUUUCAAGAGUGGCUUUCCCAUAGCAUUCAUGGUGGGAUAGGUUGGCAUCUCCCUCCCUUUUUAGGGCUGAGUGGACUAGCACUGAUCAGUGGAGACAGGGCAUCCCUGCUUGAUUUUAUGUUGUCAACCAGUUCAUCUUGAUUAAAAAUGGUGGAUUUGCCUGUCGGCUGCCGAAAAUUCUAGAACUUCCUCAAGAGGAGAAAAAAGUGCCGAGUGGAACCAGACAAUGUCCCUGUUGAAAUGGGCCCCCUGAAGCAAAUGACCAGCAUGGAAACUUCAGUCACUGCCACAGAUCUGCUAGGAGGCAUUAUUGCAUCUUAAAUAGGACUAUGUUGUCUGUGGUGGUGAGACCAUGAGGUCUCUGCCUGAUCUGCUUCUGAUGCCCCAUUCUUGCCCUGCAUUUAAUGUCUGAGCACCCAGUAACACCUGAGCAGGAAUCUUUUGAGUGACGUUAACAUGGGAACCUCUUUAAAGUCUUGUUCACCAUGCUUUCGUAGAGGCUUUUGUAUUUUGUAUAAAAAUAAACUGAUCACUUGCA